CACGCUUCUCUAAACCCAGCGCCAGUAAUAUUGCGGGUCCCGGAAGCUGAAGUUGCGCCACGUGUAGCAGCGUGUCAAAUAUUCGCUCUAUAAAUACGGUGUAUUGGUGCAAAAUGUAAGAUGCACAAGGCUCAGCAUUGAGAUCGAUUCAACACCUCACCUCUUUUCUGAGCCCCUUUUUCUAAUCCCUUCUUUCAAAGAAAGCUCUUUUCCCUUUUCCUUUGAGAAAAUGUUUAUUGAGAGCUUUAAGGUCGAUAGCCCAAACGUAACGUACACAGAGAGUGAGAUUCAUUCUGUGUACAACUAUGAGACCACUGAGCUUGCCCAUGAAAAUAGAAAGGGAACCUAUCAGUGGAUUGUUAAACCCAAAACUGUCAAAUAUGAAUUCAAGACCGAAACCCAUGUCCCUAAACUUGGGGUUAUGCUUGUGGGAUGGGGUGGAAACAAUGGCUCAACUCUCACUGGAGGUGUCAUAGCUAACCGAGAAGGCAUCUCUUGGGCAACCAAGGACAAAGUGCAACAGGCCAACUACUUUGGCUCACUGACCCAAGCAUCGUCCAUUCGUGUUGGGUCUUUCAAUGGAGAAGAAAUUUAUGCGCCAUUUAAGAGCCUACUUCCCAUGGUGAACCCAGAUGACAUUGUUUUUGGGGGAUGGGACAUAAGUGACAUGAACCUAGCAGACUCCAUGGCAAGGGCCAAAGUCCUAGACAUUGACCUGCAAAAGCAGUUAAGGCCCUACAUGGAGUCAAUGGUCCCACUUCCUGGUAUCUAUGACCCUGAUUUUAUUGCUGCUAAUCAAGGGUCACGUGCCAACAACGUUAUCAAAGGGACCAAGAAGGAACAGGUCGAACAGGUCAUUAAGGAUAUUAGAGAGUUCAAGGAGAAAAACAAGGUUGAUAAAGUUGUUGUGCUUUGGACAGCCAACACAGAAAGGUACAGCAAUGUCAUUGGAGGCCUAAACGACACUACAGAGAACCUUUUGGCUUCAGUGGACAAGAAUGAGGCUGAGAUUUCUCCUUCCACCUUGUAUGCCAUAGCCUGUAUAUUUGAAAACGUUCCCUUCAUUAAUGGAAGCCCACAAAACACUUUCGUCCCAGGGCUUAUUGAUUUGGCUAUUAAGAACAACACUUUGAUUGGUGGGGAUGACUUCAAGAGUGGUCAAACCAAGAUGAAAUCUGUACUGGUUGAUUUCCUUGUUGGGGCUGGUAUCAAGCCAACCUCCAUAGUGAGCUACAACCAUUUGGGAAACAAUGACGGUAUGAACCUCUCCGCCCCACAAACCUUCCGCUCUAAGGAGAUUUCAAAGAGCAACGUUGUGGAUGACAUGGUUGCCAGCAAUGGAAUCCUUUACGAGCCAGGCGAGCAUCCUGACCAUGUAGUUGUCAUUAAGUAUGUGCCAUAUGUGGGGGACAGCAAGAGAGCUAUGGACGAAUAUACAUCUGAGAUAUUCAUGGGAGGGACAAACACUAUUGUGCUCCACAACACAUGUGAGGACUCCCUUUUGGCUGCUCCCAUCAUUCUGGACUUGGUUCUUCUCGCUGAGCUCAGCACCCGUAUACAGUUCAAGGCUGAUGGGGAGAGCAAGUUUCACUCAUUUCACCCUGUGGCUACAAUUCUCAGUUACCUCACCAAGGCUCCUCUUGUAAGUCAAAGACACAUAUCUUUAUUAACUAAAUUUUAUAAUACUUGUUGUGACCAAGUAAUUAAUAAACAAAAGAAAACUGGAAAGCUGUGGGGCAUGCUAAAGUUUGUGUCUUAUAGGAAAAAAAUGGAAUUGUAAAAUGAAUUCAUAUGUAUAAUUGACUGUUCUGUAUUUAUAUACACAAAUUAAGACAAAAAAGGGAAAAAAAUAAUAAUUAUGUUAUAAUUGAAUUUACUUAAGGAAAAGACCUUAAAUACUAUUUUUGUGUGAUUGUGGCUACAAUAAACAGGUCCCACCGGGUACCCCAGUAGUGAAUGCACUGUCAAAGCAGAGGGCAAUGCUGGAGAACAUAAUGAGGGCUUGUGUUGGAUUGGCUCCAGAGAACAACAUGAUUUUGGAAUACAAGUGAAUUUGGUUAGGAGGAGAGUUAGCUUUGAUUCAUAAUAAGUUGUAGAAAAACAGAAAAAUCUCCUCUUUUCAUGAAUCUUGUAUGUAUGCUCUGCUUGAAAUUCUCCACCUUGUAUGAGAAAGUUGUGGUUUUCUGUCUUUGUAAUUGCUUUUCUUUUUUCCUUCUCUUUUGUUCGGGAAAGCCUUUUAGCCUAUAUGUAAGUUUUAGCGCUGUUGCAAUUGCUCAUUCACAAGCCAAAAACAAAACAAGAAAUGCAACUCUUUUGUGUGAAAA